AUGACAAGUGGAAGUGGAGUGAAUUUACGAACACUUCGAGCUGUACGUGUACUACGUCCUCUCAAACUAGUAUCAGGUGUACCAAGUCUUCAAGUAGUUUUAACGUCGAUUAUCAAAGCAAUGGCACCAUUAUUACAAAUUGGAAUAUUAGUAUUAUUUGCUAUAUUAAUAUUUGCAAUUGUUGGAUUAGAAUUUUACUCUGGUGUCUUUCAUGUAACAUGCUUUGAACAAAAUAAUCCAACGGAAUUGCCAAGUUUCAUACCAGAUGCACCUGGUUUAGUACCAUGUCAACCGGUGGAUACGCAUACACGACCACCAGGAGCAUUUGUUUGUCCAAGUGGUUAUAUAUGUAAAGGUUAUUGGGAGGGACCAAAUUAUGGCAUAACAAGUUUCGAUAAUAUUGGCUAUGCAAUGUUAACAGUAUUCCAGUGUAUUACAAUGGAAGGAUGGACAGAUGUACUAUAUAUGACAAAUCGAACAUAUGGGUCACGUUUCAACUGGAUUUAUUUCAUACCUUUAAUUGUAAUUGGAGCAUUUCUAUUGAUCAAUUUAGUACUUGGUGUUUUAAGUGGUGAAUUUGCUAAAGAACGUGAACGUGUGGAAAAAAGGCAUUGGAUACAACGAGCCGAGGAAGUUAUUUUAGCUGAAGAGCAAACUUCAUUUGCACAACGAUUAAAAAUUAUCAAAGCUAGAAAAAGAGCGGAAAAGGUACGAAGAAGAUCAAACGAUGCUGAGAAACGUGCUAUAGCUGCUGAAUUGGAAAGUUGUGAGGCUGAAUUAAAAGCUAAACGAAAAUUUAAAAUACCCGGAACUGAAACUUUAUUUCAAUAUCAUAAACGAUUUCGAUUUGCAGUUCGUCGUCUUAUAAAAUCACAAAACUUUUAUAUUAUUGUGAUUACUCUCGUACUGCUAAAUGCAUUAUGCGUUUCUGUAGAAUUCUAUGGUCAACCAGGAUGGCUUACAGAUUUCUUAUAUUUUUCAGAAUUCAUUUUUCUUGGUCUUUUUCUAUUUGAAAUGAUCAUAAAAAUCUAUGGAUUGGGUUGUUUGAUUUAUUUUCACUCAACAUUCAAUAUAUUCGACUUUGCUGUUGUUUUUGCUAGUUUAUUCGAAAUUGUAUGGCAGAUUUUUUAUCCAUCUGAUUCAUUUGGAUUUUCUGCUUUACGUAGUAUACGUUUAUUGAGAAUAUUCAAAAUUACAAGAUAUUGGGCAUCAUUACGUAAUUUGGUAUUAUCUUUAUUAAAUGCUAUGAGAAGUAUACUCAGUCUUCUGUUUCUACUUUUCUUAUUUAUGUUAAUAUUUGCUUUACUUGGAAUGCAAUUAUUUGGUGGAGAGUUUAAUUUUGAUGAUGGUAAACCAGGCCAAAAUUUUGAUACAUUUGUAAAAGCCUUAUUAACUGUAUUUCAAAUUUUAACUGGUGAAGAUUGGAAUAUGAUUAUGUACGAUGGUAUACGUUCUCAAGGUGGUGUAAAUAAUGGAGGAUUUGUAUAUUGUAUUUAUUUUGUAUUAUUAGUAUUGUUUGGCAACUAUACUUUGUUAAAUGUGUUUUUAGCUAUUGCUGUAGAUAAUUUAGCUAAUGCACAAGAAUUGACGGCAGCUGAAGAAGAGGAACAACGUUUAGCGGAUGAGUUAGCGGAACAACAAGAAGAUAAGGAAAAUCUAAAAAUCAAUUUAAAUCAACCACAAACUAUUGAAAUAAAUCAAAUCAAUGAAAGAAAAUAUUCCGGAUUAGAAGAAUUCGGAAAAUCUGUUACAGCGCAAAUGGGAAAUAAAUAUUGUGAUAACUAUAGUACAAUGCAAAAAUUUCAAACAGAUAUUGAACUAGGUAGAGAGCAAGAAACACGAGCAAAUCAAGAGUCUCAAACACAACAUCAAUUAUAUGGCAAGCCGAUGCUUCCUUACAGUUCAAUGUUUAUAUUUUCUUCAACAAAUCCUGUUCGUCGAUUUUGUCAUUUUGUAGUGAAUCUACGCUAUUUUGAUUUAUUCAUAAUGAUUGUUAUUGUAUCAAGUAGUCUUGCAUUAGCUGCUGAAGAUCCAGUCAGUGAAAAUAGUACACGAAAUUGUUUAUUAGAAUAUUUCGAUCACGCUUUUACAUGUGUAUUCGCUAUUGAAAUGUUAUUGAAGUUAAUUGAUCUCGGUGUAUUUCUACACCCAUAUUCUUAUUGUCGUGAUACGUGGAAUUUAUUGGAUGCUGCUGUAGUUAUCGGUGCGUUAAUAUCAUUUUUCCGUGCUUAUACUUUGAAAGGUAGAGCUGGACAUGGAAGUAGUAAAAAUUUGAGUACAAUAAAGUCGUUACGUGUACUUCGAGUGUUAAGACCAUUAAAAACCAUUCGCAGAGUACCGAAAUUAAAAGCGGUAUUCGAUUGUGUAGUUAGUUCAUUGAAAAACGUUUGCAUUAUUCUUGUUGUAUAUAUAUUAUUUCAAUUUAUAUUCUCUAUUGUGGCAGUUCAAUUAUUUCAGGGGAAAUUUUUCUAUUGUAAUGAUUUAUCAAAACUACAAAAGAAGAUAGGCUAUUUCUUUUCAUAUGAUGAUGGUCUAGUACCUGUUGUGAAAGCUCGAGUAUGGAGUUCACGUGAUUUUCAUUAUGAUAACGUGAUCACAGCUAUGCUAACAUUAUUCACAGUGACAACUGGUGAAGGAUGGCCUGGAGUUUUAAAGAAUUCAAUGGAUGCUACAGAGGUGAAUCAUGGCCCAGUUGAAGAUCAUAGUCAACAAAUGGCAAUUUUCUAUAUCAUAUUUUUCAUUGUAUUCCCAUUCUUUUUUGUCAAUAUUUUUGUAGCUUUAAUUAUUAUAACAUUUCAAGAACAAGGUGAAAAUGAAUUAGUCGAUCAUGAAUUGGAUAAAAAUCAAAAACAAUGUAUUGAAUUUGCAAUUAAUUCAAAACCUUUAUGUAGAUAUAUGCCUAGUAAUAUUGCAUCAACAAAAUAUCGUAUAUGGAGAUUAGUUGUAUCUAGUCCAUUUGAAUAUUAUAUUAUGACAAUGAUUGCAUUAAAUACUUUAAUUUUAAUGAUGAAAUAUUAUCGACCAGAUUAUACAGAUGCUAAUAUGGGCAUUCCUGACUGGGAAACACAAAAAUAUCAAAGUUAUUGUAGUACACUAGUUUAUCUGAAUACAGCAUUUACUGCGAUGUUUACAAUGGAAUGUUUAUUAAAAUUAAUUGCAUUUGGACCAAAAAGUUAUUUUCGUGAUUCAUGGAAUACGUUUGAUUUUAUAACGGUAGUUGGUAGCAUAACCGAUGUACUUGUUUCUGAGCUACAGGAUUCAUCAUUUCUUAACUUGGGGUUUUUACGACUAUUUCGUGCAGCUCGUUUAAUCAAAUUAAUUAGACAAGGUUAUACAAUCAGAAUACUAUUAUGGACAUUUAUUCAAUCAUUUAAAGCACUACCCUAUGUUUGCCUACUUAUUACUAUGUUAUUCUUUAUUUAUGCUGUAGUAGGAAUGCAGAUAUUUGGCACGAUAGCUAUUAAUGAAGCUGAAGGACAAAUUACAAAUUACAAUAACUUUCAUAGUUUCCCGUAUGCAGUUCUGUUAUUAUUUCGUUGCGCUACUGGUGAAUCAUGGCAAGAAAUAAUGCUUGCUUGUACCUAUGGACAAGAAUGUGUUAAUCGUGCAUCAAACAAUUGUGGAAGCAAUGCAUCUUAUACUUAUUUUGUAUCAUUUAAUUUCUUUUGCUCGUUUCUUAUGCUCAAUUUAUUUGUUGCUGUAAUUAUGGAUAAUUUUGAUUAUUUAACAAGAGAUUCAUCUAUACUGGGGUCACAUCAUUUAGAUGAAUUCAUACGUGUAUGGGCUGAAUAUGAUCCAGGUGCAAAGGGAAGAAUACAUUACACAGAAAUGUAUGAAAUGCUAAGAAAAUUAGAACCUCCAGUUGGAUUUGGUCAGAAUUGUCCAUACAGAUUAGCGUAUAAGAAACUAAUUCGUAUGAAUAUGCCAUUAGAUAGUGCAGGAACUGUACAUUUCACAACAACACUAUUUGCUUUAGUUCGAGAAUCAUUAGGUAUUAAAAUGGCUCCAGCUGAAUUUAUGGAUAUUAAAGAUGCUGAAUUACGUGAAACCAUUAAAACAUUAUGGCCGGUACAAGCGAAACGAUCAUUAGACUUAUUGUUACCACCAGAUUCAGAAUAUACAUUUACCCGUCUUACUGUUGGAAAAAUCUAUGCUGGAUUAUUGAUUUAUGAAAAUUGGCAAAUGAAUAAAUCCACUGGCAAUAAAAAGAAUUUACAUCAAUUGAAUACUAAACCUAUACUUGAAGCAUGCUUAACUCAAAUGUUAGGACAUGAUCCAUUUCAUCUUGCAAAUCGUCUACCAAACUGUAGUAAAGAACAUUCACGUUAUGGUAGUAAAGUGGAUCUUAGAUCCAUUAAUAAUAUGGAAAUAGAUCAUAUUCCUUUAGAAAAUAAUUACAAAGAGCAAACAUUGAAAUAUAAACAGCACGAAAAAGAACUUGUGGAGAAAUUAAAUCAAAUUAAACAAGAACAGUUAAAUAAUAAUAAUAAUAAUAACAAUAAUAAUAACAAUAAAUAUAUGAGGGAAAUAUCGAAAACCACUAGCGAAAUGACUAGAACUACUAAUACUGUCAAUAAUGAUAAUAUUAAUAAUAAUACCAGACAAAUCUUUCCAAUUAUUAUCACAUCACCUGAAGAAGAGAAAUAUGAUAAGACAUCUCCCACUGAACAAGAAUAUAUUCAUAAAAAUUUAGGUAUUAUCAAUGCAGUUAAUAAUAAUAAUAAUGACGACGACGAUGAUGAUGAUGAUGAUGAUGUUGAUGAUGAGAGAGAUGAUGUACAAAAUGUAGAUAAUUAUCUAUCACGAAAAUCAAUUCAAUCUUUCUCUACUACAACUAGUACAGACUAUACAUAUUAUCCUAAUGCACAUUCAAAUUACAACCAGAAACCACAAAAUACAUCACAAGAUCAAUAUAACUCUCAUAUGAAUAAAAUUAAAGUAUACACAAAUAUGCCAGAUGCAGCAAUCAAUAAUCAAUAUUUAGCACCAAAUCAUAUGUAUGAUAAACUUUAUAAACUCAAUGAAGACUUUUCAGAUAAAAGUAGGAGAGAAACAGAAGAAAGAAAAAGGGGAGGAUUUUAUAGAAAAUGUAUAUACAAUACAUAUCAGCAACGUACAAAUCAGGCACAUUUAAAUUUCGCAGACGCAGUUCAUACGUUGGUAAAACAAGCCAAUGUUAUGGCCAAAAGAAAUAGAAUCAACAAAUACUUACGAAAAAGUGCAAAAGAUGUUGACUGGGAUACACUUUCAUUUCAUAGAGUUAAUAUGAGUCCAAGAUCAUUUGAUCGCAAUACACGAUAUUAUGGCAACAGUAUAUCAAGUCAUCAUAAACGCAAAAGAGUUUUGUAUGAUGAAAACCAUAAUGGCUAUAAAAGCUUUUACUUAAAUUUGCCAAAUAAUUACCCAUCAGUUUUGUAUGACAUGCCACAAUGUAGUUCAACAAGAGAUGAUGAAACAGAUGAAAAUAAUUCAUUUAACGAAGGAUUUCGUAUAACUGAUUUAGAACAUCAUCAAGAUAGUCCAACAGUUUAUGAUGAAGCAUAUGAUCAACCCUAUGCAACGCAAAUCGAAAGAUCUGCAUCAAUUCAUGAAAUACGUCAAAAAAGUGAAAAUAAGACUAACAAUAAAUACAUCGUACAAAAACCCCAAAAUGCAUUAUACCAUUCAUUACACAUGAUUCCAUGUGAAUCUGAAAUAAAAUCUUAUAUUCAAAGUGAACAAGAUUUAAAUCUUGCCACUAGCGAUCUGAAUCAUAUCAAUCCGUCCAAUAGAUCAGACCAAAUGAUCGAAAUGAAGGAAACUGAAAUUCAAUUUCCUCGUUUACUUAAAUCGCCAACAACCAGUGAUGAUUUUGACUCAAUAUACUACCCUAUAAAACAUCACAGAACAGGUUCACUAACUUUUUACUCAUGUCCACCACAUGAAACCGAUUCUCACUGUUCCAUGGAUCCAAAUGCUAGUGCUUUUGUUAAGCAUUCAUAAUAAAAGUACAAUAUGUAUAAAAAAUUUAUUAUGAAAAAUAACUUAUUUCAUACAUUUAGAACAGGAAGGAAGGGCAAUAAAGGAAAAUAUAAAACGUGUCCAUCGAGCAAACGAUAUAUAUGGAGAGUCGUAAACUGGCGAGUUUUGUGCUUAGAUGAUCUCGCCAAGUGUCAGUCAUUAUGAAAAUCAUAAGGACACUAAGAUUACAAAAAACCAUUCUCAUUGAAUAGUUUACAGCAUAAAAAUAAAUAUUCAGGAAGAGAUAUUUAUUACUUUUAUAUGACUACUCAAGUGUAAAUUCAAAAUUUAAACCAAGGUUUAACCCAGGACAGUUAAGUUAUAAAGCAACCAUGACGCUAAUUAACUAGUUAUUAGGUUAGAAAUCCAGUGGUACAUGCUUUCUAACUUCGGUUAAUUUGUGAUAGAAUUCAAACAUGCAACUUGAUUUUGUAAUUUACAUCAAAGAUUAACCUUAGUUGAGUAACUGCUAGAAGCUAGAAAGCAAUAAACAGCUGCUCCAUUCUGGUGUAGGACUCCUCAGCAGUUUGAAUUCAUAGUCCCACGGGGAUCGAACCUUGAAUAGACAUGCCAAAUCGCUAAUUGAUUGACGUUAGUAAUUCGAACCACUGAAUAUCAACUCAGUAAACUAAAGAUCAAAUGCUCGUUGCGAGAUCUGAGGGUUUUGGUUCAAUCUGUAAAGGAUUUGUGGAUGAGAACUCCUGAGUCCAAUACUAUAACGAAACAGCUGUACACUGGCUCCUCGGAUAACUGCAGCCAUUUCGUGACAAACUUUUAAACUCGACAAUCUACAGAAACCUAUAAAUAAUUUAAUCAUUCUUUUCAUACAAAACGUCAUAAGGCAGGUUGGUUUACAAGUUGCUUAGAACACAAUCAGCCCAUCAUAUGACUAGUUUACGAUAAUCUACGAUAACCUGUUACCGUUAUAACUUCACUAAAACUAAAACUUUAUAGCAGUACUAGAAAUCAAUAUAAUUACAGUCGUAGUAAUAGUUCCAAUUUUCUGAAAGUGUGAACGGAAUUUAGAAAGAAAUUAAAACCUUCAGAUGAUGAUUAACCCUGUUCCUGAAAAUUCUGUCUUCAGGGAAAUUCUCAGAAAUACAAAAUCAUUCUGCGAUAUUCAUUAAGAAUAAUAUUACGCAUUAUCUUUUGGCAAACACAUGCUAUAUAAUGGCCAUCUAAACCACCAACCAAUUAAAUCCUAUUCAUUUUAACCGACAAUCUAUUGGGUGACAGAAAACUCAGGGCGAUUGGAUAACACAGCAACUUUUAACUUUACAAAGAUAAAUAGCAAACGAAUGUCACCAUCCAUAAGGAAGUUAUUCAAACACUAUCCUUUAGUUGGUAUACAAAGUAAUCCGCUAAAAUUGACUCCACUUAUCAGAGAUAAAAAACGACAUCCUCAGUAUAAUUUACCGAUCUUAUCUAAAAUAAUAUCAUUUUUAAAAAGAAAUCCAAAUGAAACUCUGAUUAUCUAAAUUGAUUAUACCAUACUACUAUUAUGUUGAGUAUUUGGAAAUCGUAAUUAUUUCACUAAGAGGGAAGGGUGGAGAGAUUCCAUAAAUUUAAGCAAUACAAGAACGACAAUAUUUGCAAUAUACGAUAGAUUGGCAAAGGAGUCAGACAUCUUUUACCAUACAAUUUGAAGUAAUGCUAUCAAUCCCCAUAACAUUUAUUUACAACAAUAAAAUUACUUGGACAACUAGGAACAUGAAAAUAAGAAAUCAAUGUCAACUCGAAUGCAUCAGACAAAUUGAAGCAAUUUCCAAACAAAAGGACUGGUCAUGAACAGGGCAAAACAAACUCAUUCCCGAAGUCCAAGCAUUUCCCUAUGGUUGUGGAUAGUUUCAUACAGGAAGUACUGUAGAUGAACAUUUUUGAUUCAAAAUGCAACUCUAAUAUGCUGUCACCAUUAUUAUUUGGCAAAUUAAGCCAAGAUCAACUGUCAGGAUUCAUAACAAAUAGCAAUAACCAGUUUAACUUAAAUAUACAAGAAUCAGGUCCAUCAGAAACACUAUGAAAACCACUCAAUAAUUACUGCAAGGAGAAAAUCAUGGUUGUUGCUUCCCAGGUAGAACGUAAAAUAAACCGACCAUCUUAUUUCUAGCAUAUUUAAGGAUAGAAGGUGAAAUAUCAUCCAACUAUGUAUCAGCGACGAAUAUGAAGUAGCGGGGACCAAGAAUAUAAGACCAAUGUGAGGUCUGGACAUCACAAAGACCCCACUCGAACCUUGAAGGUAAAAAGAAAACUUUACUUCAUAGUUAGUCAAACUAGACAGGUCAAGAACAAUUAGCAACUCAAUAUUACUAGACGAUAAGUUCUCUGCACAUAUAAACGAAGUCUUUUAUGUGGCAUUACAUACCCCGCGUGGUCACUUCCUAAGAAACGGUCAAUGGGACUCAUGCGGUAUCACACCAACUACCCAUAAACCCCCCAAAACAAACGCCGUUCCGUAGGCCUAAAAAAACUGUUUGACCCCCCACAUUUGUAUUCCAGCGCCCUUUGGAGACCCCUCUGUUAUACUUACCACUCAACUGGCUCAGUCAAUCAGCCAGCAACAACGUAGAGCUUCGUACGUACGUACAUCAGUUCAAGUUGCCAUACCACAUUAACACAUAGACACAAUUGUCGAUUAAAAUCCCAUAUUGGUAGAGGUACUAAAAAUAUAAGCAGAAAGAUCAGGGUUUGAAGAUGUUAUUCAGGGAGUAUAACCCAGUCAAAUAAAAGUGGGGAGAGCGAAAGAAGGGGCGUGAAGAAUCCAGAUUAGUAUUUGGGAGAACACAGAGUUGAUGCACCUGUGCCAUUGCAAACGAUUUCGAGCCACGUUACUCAAGAUCUCUAACCAUCGGUUGCUAUCA